CUCCCAGUAGAUGGUAUUGAGGUGCUGGCUGUUUACUGUAUGAACAGUCUGUUUAUAUAUUUUAUAAGUUUAAUUAUUAACAAUGAAGGUAAAAAACGCGAGCAAACAUGUUGAAGAAGCGUCAGAAUCAUCUGAAUCUGAUUCGGAGUACAACAGUUCAGAUGAAGAAUUACGAGAAGCUUAUGCAAAGGGUUUAUUAAAACCUGGUCUGAAUGUAUUGCUCGAGCAAACAAAAAAACAGCACAAAAAUUGUGUGAAUCUUAUGAAAGAAAAGUUAGAAGCUAUUAAGUUAAAGUUGCCAUGGGUCGAGAGAUUAGAUUUGACAAAUGCACCAGCACCUCUGGCGCCGGAAUUGGCACUGCAAAUGCAGGAACAGGAAGUGAGACGCGCGAAGCAAUUAAAAGGAAAUAAGAAAAUACCUCAGUAUGAUCCAGCAGAGGAUCCUGUUCUGAAUGAUUUUCGCAGAGAGACAAUGUUUCAUAGACAAGCACAGGGUGCAGUCAUGGAUGGUAUCGCACGAUUGAAGAAGCUUGGAAUUCCAACAACCAGACCUGAAGACUAUUUUGCUGAAAUGGCCAAAUCGGAUACCCACAUGCAGAAGGUUAGGCAAAAUCUAAUGAAGAAACAAACGAUAACACAGAGAUCAGAGAAGAUAAGGCAGUUGAGACAACAAAGGAAAGUGGGGAAGCAGAUGCAGAUAGAAGCAACUCUGAAGAAGCAUGCAGAGAAGAGAAAAUUAAUGGAAGAAGUUAAAAAGUAUCGCAAGGGUAUGAGACAGGAUCUUGAUUUCCUGGAUGAAAAGAAGAAACCGCAAAAGAAACCGAUGAAUCCGAGAAUAGCGGCGAAGAGGAAGAUGAAAGACGUGAAAUUCGGUUUCGGCGGUAAGAAACGUGGCAGUAAGAAAAAUACAAGAAACAGCUCCGCCGAUGUCUCGGAAUAUAAGAGGCCUGCGAAGCAUGGAAAGGAUAUGAAGAAAAAGGGCGGUGGAAAAGUAAAGCAGAGAUUAGGGAAGGGCCGUAGGGUACAGAUGAAAGCAAAGAGGAAAUGACAGCAGACAUAGUUCAUACCUUACUCUAUCUAAACCUAUCAACGCGUUUUGUACGACUCAAGGACUGGAGCACCUGUGCAUUUGUAAAAUAAAUCGUUUAAAAUAAUAAAGAACCGAUAUUUUCCUCGUUA